GCUUUAUAUUCAGUGUAGUGUAUACUAAUAAGCGUUUGUAAAUAAUAUUAGAGAAUCUUUUUAAUAGGAUAAAGAUAAUAUUGUGCAAUUAAAUCGAUAUGUUGCUCAAGUAUCUCGGUACCGUUAUGCCAGCGCAGGAGCUUGAAAAUAAAGUAAUUGACAUAGCAUGGUCGCCAAAUAAUUUGAAAUUAGCUGUAGCAUCCUCGGAUCGUUUUAUUUAUCUCUUUGAUGAAAAUGGCGUCAAACGCGACAAGUUUUCAACUAAACCUGUUGAUGUUAAGUUUGGCAAAAAGAGUUACAUGAUAAAGGGAAUAGCCUUCUCCCCAGAAUCUACAAAGAUUGCAGUUGGUCAAACAGACUGUAUUGUAUAUGUAUAUAAAAUAGGAGAGGUUUGGGGCGACAAAAAAGUAAUUUGCAAUAAAUUUCGACAAAGUUCCGCGGUGACGUGCUUGAUCUGGCCCGUAGAAGGUCCAAUUAUCAUAGGAUUGGCGGAUGGAAAGGUUCGCGCGGCUUUAGUCAAGUCGCAAAAAGCGCAGACCUUGUAUACCUCUGACGCCAUGACGAUAGCUCUAGCUAGCAACAUCCGUGGCAGCGGUUUCAUAUCGAGUCACGCCGAUGGAAGUAUAAUCCGGUAUUAUAUUACCGAGAAUGAUGGUGCGGAGCCGUCGGGACGAGUGUGCGUUCAUGGCGUGCCUGCUUACGCUCUUGCAUGGCCGCAAUCGCACAUUUUGGCAGCGGGUUGCGACAAGCGAUUGACCGUUUACGAUUCAUAUGGCAAGCCGGUCAAAACUUUUGACUAUAGCCGAGAUUCUCAAGAGAGAGAGAUUUCCAUAGCCUGUUGCAGCCCGAGCGGUCAGAGCGUCGCCGUAGGUUCCUGGGAUAAGGUGCGCAUCCUCGACUGGAGCCCGCGACGAAGCGUCUGGGAGGAGACUAAUGUACGUGCCCUACCUAAUUUCUACACAAUCACGGCGCUUGCCUGGAGGCGAGACGGUUCGAAGCUAGUAGUUGGAGGAUUGUGCGGUGGUGUCGAGCAAUUCGAAACUGUCCUCAGACGUACUGUAGUUCGUGGCAGUCACGAGGUGGCCUACGUAGGUCCUAGUCAAGUGGUGAUUCGACCUCUGAACAAUUCCUCGCAGCGUUCCAUCGUCGUCAGAUCGCAAACUGGUCUAGAGAUCGAGGACGUGCGCGUUUUAGGACGUAGAGAUAAUAACGUUGUCGCACGCACGGCACGCACUCUGCUAAUUGGCGAUAUUGAGCAGGGCUUGAUCAGCGAGAUUCCAUGGGAAAAUCGAUCCAAUAACGGCGAGAAAUUCUUUUUUGAGUAUCCAGCCGUUUGUUUGAUUUUCUAUUCCGGUGAACUCACAAUCGUCGAAUACGGUCAGAACGAGGUGCUCGGUUCUGUACGAACGGAAGCGAUAAAUCCUCAUGUGGUCAGUGUACGCGUCAACGAACGACCUUCGACCAGCGGGAUCGAUAAUAAAAAACUGGCUUAUCUGCUGGAUCCAAGAACUGUCCGUGUGAUCGAUUUGCUAACUGGCGCGACAAUUAGCUUAAUUGUUCAUGAUAUUCGAAUCGAUUGGUUGGAGCUGAGCGAGGCAGGUCAUCGGCUAUUGUCGCGCGACAAGCGAGGUCGUCUCUGGCUAAGCAAUGACACAGGUGGCAGAGUUCUGCUGGUGACUGGGGCAUCCUUUGCAUCUUGGGUACCUGGCAGUGAUGUCGUCAUCGCUCAGACAGGUCAAACCCUGGCCGUUUGGUACAAUAUAGACGCGCCGGAAGCAGUCACGCUGACGCCGAUCAAGGGCGACGUGAUAGACAUUGUUCGCGAAGAUGGUCGAACGUCCGUGAUUGUGGAGGAGCAUGGCGCUAAGGUGCCGUAUCUGCUGGAUGAAGAGCUAAUUGAAUUUGGAACCGCGCUGCACGACAACGACUUUGGUAGAGUUGUUCUGUUCUUGGAAAAUAUGGGCAACAGUCCUCAGGUAGAGACUAUGUGGGAGAACGUCGCUAGAAACGCGAUGAGUGAGAAAAAGAUUAUGAUAGCCGCCAGGUGUUAUGCCGCUAUGGGCGAUGUAGCUUGCGCGAGAUUUUUAAAAGAGAUUGCCAAGGUCGGUGAGAAGUAUGCCGAAGAGACAGGCAACGAUCCACUGGCCAAUCCGGAUUGUUGGGCCCGGCUGGCUAUAUUGAACGGCGAUCUAAAAACCGCCGAGGCGAUCUAUCUAGAGCAGAACGAGUUGGAUAAGGCAUUGGAUAUGUAUCAGCGUUAUUGGCACUGGGAAGACGCUUUGAAUUUGGCCCAGAGUCGUGAUUGGAGCGGUCUAUCGGAAUUGCGAGAUCGUCAUUUGGCUUGGUUGCUAGACAGUGGCCAAGCAGCCCGCGCAGCGUCUAUCAUAGAGACCACGAAUCCCAGAAGAGCCGUGAAGCUUUACUUGGAAGCACGUCGACCUGCGCGAGCUGCUAGACUAAUUCUCACCGAUAAUGAGCUGUUGGAGGACGAGCAAAUCGUUGAGGAGGUCAUUAAUGGACUUAAAGCUACCGAUCUUAUGGAACUCGCUGGAGAACUAUUGGAGAAAACCGGUGCCGGCUCGGAGGCGAUUAGUUGUUACGCUCAGGCUGGCGUGUUUGCCAGAGCUCUCGAUUUAGCACGCAAAGUUGAUCCCACAUUGGUAGUCGAGCUGGAGAGGGAUUGGGGAAAACAUCUUGCAGCGAACGGUCAUUACGAUGCCGCCAUUAAUCAUUUCAUCGAAGCGGGUGAAACGGUAUUAGCGUUGAAGGCCGCUAUCAAUGCGCGACAAUGGAGAAAAGCUCUGCAGAUUAUACAGGUGAUCGAGGAUGAUGAUGAUUCUGAAAUUCGUCAGCAAUGUGAAAAAUUGGGUGAAUAUUUUUCGUCGAUCGGCGAACGCAACUUGGCGGAGAGCCUUUUCGUUCGUGCCGGAAAUGCGCAACGUGCCGUGGAGAUUCACGUGCAGUCGGGUGAUUGGAUGCGCGCGCAUCAAGUAGCUCAAAAAUACAUGAAGAACGAUGAAGCAAACCAAGUUCUGAUGAAACACGCCGACAGCCUGCAACAGGCCGGUGAACUUCGCCACGCUGAAGCGCUCUAUGUCGCCAUUGGUGAUUACGACGCGGCGAUCGCAAUGUAUCGUAAAGCGGGACACCGCGGCGACAUGAUCAGAUUGGUCGCCGAGCAUCGGCCGGAUCUACUUCAAACAACUCACGCACAUCUGGCGAGGGAGUUAGAUGCAGCCGGCAAACCGAGAGAAGCUGAAGAACACUUCUUAGGUGCUGGUGAUUGGCGCGGAGCAGUUGCAGCUUAUAGAUCCGCCAAUAUGUGGGAAGAUGCGAUGAGAGUUGCCAAGAAGGCUUCGGGAGAAAAGGCAGCACAGCAGGUUGCGUUGAUGUGGGCCCGAACAUUGGCUCCGGAAUUAGGUGCGAGACUCCUGAUGCGACUCAACUAUUUAGAUUCCUGUCUUCAAUUGGCGUGCGAGGCCAGUUUAUUCGAGUGGGCUUUAGAGAUCGCCAAAUACGGCACGAUAGACCAGAAGAAAGAGGUUCACUAUCGCCACGCCAUGGCACUCGAAGACGAAGGUCGCUUCGCCGAGGCCGAAAAGGAAUUCGUGCAAGCUGGCAAGGUUAUGGAGGCAGUACAAAUGUAUAUUCAUAACCGCGACUGGGAAUCCGCAGAGGAUGUCGCGCGAUCGCACAGUCAGGAGGCAGUGGCACAGGUUCUAAUCGCCCGAGCUGCCGAAGCCGCCGAGGGGCAAGAUUACGCUACGGCAGAGGCUCUACUUCUGAGAGCCCACAAACCGGAAAUGAUAAUAGAACAUUAUAAGACAGCCGGAAUGUGGUCUGAAGCGCUGCGAGUAUGUCGAGAGUAUUUGCCUGGUCAGGAAGCAGCCCUUCGUAGGGAGUUGGGACAGAAGAGUGCGGGACUGGACGGAGCAAAUGCGUUGGAGGAGGCUCGGAAAUGGCUUGAUCUUGGGGAAGUACGAGCUGCCCUGGACACUUUGAUUUUGAACCCGCAAGCUCCCAGAUCGUAUCUCAUUCGUGCGGCUGAUAUUCUAUUGCAUCAAGCGGAUCCAGAAACGGCAUCGGAAAUCGGAGGUGAUCUAGGUGCACGCUUGUUCUCCGUUGGUGAACACGCGCUCGCCGCUCAGGUGUUUCUUCAAGCGGAUCGUCUAAAGGACGCGGUGAGCUCGCUGGUGGCAGUCGGCGAGUGGGAUCGUGCUCGUCGGAUCGUCCGUGAGCUUGCUCCCGAUCUCGAACCGUAUCUCGAGGAGAAAUACCAGGAUGUGAUGGCGAAUGAGGGUGAAAUGGAACGGCUGGCGAAAGUAGAUGGCAAUGCCGCCCUUGAGAUGAUGGCGCGCAAGGGUCAAUGGAGCCAAGUGUUUGACGUGGCGAGUUCGCAGAGUCCGGAAGUGUUGCAUAAAUUUGUGGCGCGACGCGCCGCGCAGUUGCUGAAGAGCGAUGCCGCGCCGCAAGCGUUACAACUCUACGCGCAAUAUGGCGCGCCUGCGAUCUCGCAGAAUUUCAAUCUAUACCUGCAAUUGGCGGAGAAUAUUCUGAAUAUGGCGCAGCAAGAAUACAGAUACUUAGCUCAGCUCCGCGAUGUUUUAUACGGUCUCUGCCGUUCAUCGCCGUCCUCCAACAAAUUUGAGCGACUUUUAGAGGCUGCGCAUUUAUCCGCGGUGAAACAUGGCUGUCGUUCGUUUCCGGCGCUUUCUAGUAUUGUUGUCAAAGUGUCUAUCAGCCUCCUGCGACACACCGACGUACUCCACGCUGACAGAUUUUACUACGAAGCCGGCGUCGCGGCACGUUCCGCGGGUCUUUUGAGCGAAGCAUUUGUAUUCCUCAAUCAUUUCCUCGAUCUGGAGGAAUGUAUCGAAGAAGAGGGCGAUGGCAUUGUUCUCGACGUGGACGAUCUACGUGUCACCGAUUUUCCGUUGGAAGUUCCACUUCCAGAGAGUCUCGGCGUCGCAACGGAUCAACGCGAGGAGGUGAGAGAAUGGGUGCUGGCAAUAUCUAUGGAUCAAAAGAUCGAGCAGGGUCUGCCGGUCGACCAGAGAGGCGUUUACGUGGGUUCGUUAACGUCACCGACUAACUCUGGAGCGCCUCUUCAACAAUGUGUAAUUACGGGAUAUCCGGUACGCGGCCCGGUCAUCAAAUUCGAGGAGACCGGUCGCGUGGCUGAUCGCGACGACUGGAUAAAGUUAACCAAUACAGCCAGACAGGCGCCUCCGGAAUCGCCGUUGAACGACAUCCUCGUGUUUCUUCAGGAAUGGUGCGGCGCGGUACCCAAAUAUUCAUUUUGAAGAGAAAAAUUGUUUUUCAAUUAUGAUUAAAACCAAAUAAAGAUAAAUACAAAGAUGAUAUAAAAAGAAAAAAAUUAAAAUAAUUGCAAUAUGCUUGUAAACAAAUAAAUAAACAAUAACGAAUUAUUCGUUAAUAUA